CUACGUAUUCCACCAGUAUGGCUGAAGCGUUAUCCUUCCGUGUUCGGCGAUGGAGUCUCCCGUUCACUGGGCAGUGAACGAUUCGUAGUCUCCUUGGCUAGGCGUGCAUGCCUUUCCUGGAUAUUCAUAGCAGCUCUGUCAGAAGCUGCAUACGAUGCCGCUAGGGACCCUGAAUGCUUCUUGAACAGAUGGGUCUACUGCAGCUCCCGUGUACUUCGUCAAGGCGACGAAGUUGGAUUCGACCAUAACGGCGAGCUUGUCUCUCACGUAGAGUACACCACCCCGUUCAGGUAUCGCCUGAUCAUGGCAGAACCCAUCAUGCAAGGCUACGCUGAAGAAGGUGCAACUCAGGUUAUUUUACUCCGCCCAUCUUCCCUUGCGGAUGGACUAUCAAAUGGGCAUGCUACGCUGUACGACCUCGGCUCUGAGGACCCUACACCUACUGCAUCUGUCAACGGUUCAACAGAGAACCUAGAAAUUGAUGAACGCUUUCUAGCAAGCUCAUUAAUAGAUGGUGGAUCUUCCUUCUACCAUGCCUCGAACGGGGAACGGAAUAGUUCCAACAGUGAUGGCUCACCCGAAAGUCAGGGCUUGACUCUCCUGGCUCGACCUUUGUUACACACGAUAUCUCGGGCUUCUGAUGACUAUACUAUCUACGUGCAUACUAAUGAUCUGUGUCGAUUGGGACUGUUGGUCGGCGAUUGGGCUACCGCAUCAUCACAUGCGACUGAAAAUAAACGCGUCGUUCGUAUAUGUGUGGACGAUAAGGUCAAAUGCCGACCAGGUACUUUAGCAGCUUCCCCUGUUCUGCUUCGCAAUAUCGUACGUGUGUCCUCACAUGCGCACCCGUCCGAAUUGUGCAUACGACUUGCUCCUCUUGGAUAUGCCCGGCCCACAAUUCCUGUGGCCGACGAAGUGACGAUUGCCAGGGUCGCUUCUCCUAUCACUAUUCACCGUGCUUUUCAGCCCUUGGUUCUACGGUCUCUCAAGGACUAUUUUGGUGACAAUGCACGUCUAGUACUGGAAGGAGAUAUCAUCGUCAUGACGGUCAGUACGAACGAUCUUUCCGGGUUAGAGCAGGAAACAUCCGCUACCGAAAGUGCGGAGGAGGACGAGCCAUGGACGCAUCCCCGCGGUUUGCAUCAUGCCACACAUUCCGAUGAAAUAAUCUUCUUUGUGGUAACCAAAAUUCGGUGCAGCGGGACAAGUACUGGCCAAGCUGCUCAGACUGCCUCCUCGUACAUCACUGGGGACGGGACCUUGGGAUGCUGGGUGGACUCAUCGGUGACCAAAAUGGUCCAAGCGGGUAUCGAGCACGUGCGGGUCCCUGACAUUGCUGGGUACAUAGGUGUCGGUAAGCUUGGAUUCGGCUUACUAGAUCCCCCACCAUUGCGUCCUCCCGCACAGCCCCAGACUCAACUAGUCAAGAUUUCCGAUAAAUUAUACUCGUUAUCAUCCGUUGCCUUUGCCGCUCAUACCAAGAAUUAUGAUCUCCAUUUGUCCGUCCUACUCAAGGGUAAGCGAGGGUGCGGGAAAGUGUUCACUGUUCGACGUGUCGCUCGACACCUGGGAAUCCACCUGCUCGAAGUCAAUUGUUUCGAUAUUCUUGGGGAUAGUGAUGUGAAAACUGAAGGGGCGCUGCGGGCACAGUUUGACAAGGCCGCUUCAUGUGCACCCUGCGUUCUCGUGCUCAGGAACACUGAUGCAUUUUCGUUGGCCACGCAGUCUGAACCUGAGAAAGAGACACCGUUGGCUAGUGCAUUAAGGGAGUGCAUCGAUGAAAUGCAUGAGAAGUGGGACGCGACUGGGUAUCCGAUUCUGGUCUAUGGAACUACAGCAAAUCCCGAUCGCAUGCCAACUAGCUUGCUCUCAUGUUUCAAGCAUGUAGUUGACUUCGAGGCUCCAGACGAGUCAACCCGACUGGAACUGAUCGAUUCACUGGCGACACAACUACCGUACUCCCCGGACGUUUCUCUGUCGGACAUCGCGAAGAAUACCGCCGCAUUUGUCACGAAUGAUAUUGCUCAUCUACUGACGUCCUCGAGGUCUUUCGUAAUUCAGCGGAUAAGGGAAGAGAAAUUCUCUUCCGCGAUGCCGGAGAUCCUUCUAUGGCUUGCGGGUUGGCAAGUGUCUGCAAGAGAUCUAGACAACGCUAUAACCAAGGCUAGAGCCGCCUAUUCGGAUAGCAUUGGUACUCCGAAAAUACCUAAUGUCACUUGGGAUGAUGUCGGAGGUCUAGUGUCAGUGAAAGCAGAGAUUCUGGAGACGAUACAACUGCCAUUGGAACGGCCGGACCUAUUUGCCGGAGGCUUGAAGAAGCGUUCUGGCAUUCUUCUAUAUGGCCCUCCUGGCACGGGCAAAACGCUGUUAGCCAAGGCUGUUGCAACGUCAUGCUCUUUGAACUUUUUCUCGGUAAAAGGUCCUGAGCUCUUGAACAUGUACAUCGGGGAAUCUGAAGCCAAUGUUCGUCGGGUCUUUCAACAAGCCCGGGACGCGAAACCCUGCGUUAUCUUCUUUGAUGAAUUGGACUCCGUCGCGCCUAAGCGGGGCAACCAUGGCGAUUCCGGGGGCGUGAUGGAUCGCAUUGUCAGUCAACUUCUGGCUGAACUGGACGGCAUUUCUGGAGAAGGUAGUGCUGAUUUGUUCGUGAUUGGGGCGACAAACCGACCGGAUCUUCUGGACUCCGCAUUACUCAGACCCGGCAGAUUUGAUCGUCUGAUAUACCUGGGUGUGAGCACGACGCACGAGGCUCAGCUGGACAUCAUCAAGGCUCUUACCAGGAAAUUCAAGCUGCAUCCAACUCUCGAUCUACGCUCUGUAGCCAAUCAGUGUCCCUUCACUUACACUGGGGCCGACUUCUACGCACUCUGCUCUGAUGCGAUGCUGAACGCCAUGUCGCGCAAAGCAGGGGAACUCGACGAUAAGUUAGGUGCGCUAACAGCCGCUUGUUCGCCGCCCUUAAGCAAUCACCCCUACCCUCUCACACCGCAAUAUUAUCUUGCUGAGAUGGCAACCUUAGAGGAUGUGGAAGUUGUUGUCAUGCAGGAGGAUUUCGAGCAGGCUCUUCGUGCUCUGAUUCCUAGUGUCAGCCAAUCCGAGAUGGAUCAUUAUCACAGAGUUCAAUCGCGAUUUUCGAAA